AUGAUGUGGCAAAGGCUCCUAGGACAGCGAUUGGGUUACCAGCAGCCCAAUGCGCUCUCAAAGAAUGUUAUACUCUCAGUUCUGAAUUCCACAGCGACCAAACGUGAAGCUAGGGACUAUUUGACGAAAUACACAGAUGGUAGUGAUAAACACAAUUACUGCUUGCUCUUAAUUCGACAUUUACAAAAUAUAUCACAAAAGAAUCUACACAAGUUAUCAGGCACCAUUACGAGACUUCGAAUGCUAGGUCUAAAGCCCAUUUGUGUAAUUCCUCCAUCAAAUCACGUGGAUAAACAGGCAGAAUCAUGGGAUAGAUUACUAUCAUGGGCAGAUUUGAGACCGCUACACCUAUUUGAUUCUUUAUCUGUUGGAUCCGAUGGAUCCGUAGAAUCAGUACUACAAUCCCAAAGAUCUAUGUUGGAACAAUCAGAACACUUAGUACCCAUUUUAAGACCUUACAUGUACGAUAAAUCAACGGCAAGACAAUCGAUGGUUCCAGAAUCUAUACAAUUUUUUCGAGGAUUAUGCAAUGGUCAAAUCCCUCACAUUGAUAAGUUCUUUAUUUUGAACAAUAUUGGUGGGAUUCCCUCUAAUGAAAGGCACGAAAAUUCCCACGUCUUUAUUAACCUUUCGCAAGAAUUUAACCACAUAUCCAGCUUAUUGUCCAAUCAGUUAGCUCAACUGAGAAAUAGAGAACCUAAUUCUGAAGAUUUACUGGACCGGAUGGCGGUCCACAUGAAGGAGGAGGAAUACUCACUACUAGAAUUGAAAUGGAAGGAACAUAUCGAGGAUUUACAGUUGAUGAACGUUGUAUUGUCCAAUUUAUCCAACUCGUCGACAGGACUCAUUACCACCACAAGAGCUGCUUCCUUGGCUCACAAUUCGAAUAAUCCCUUGCUUCAUAACCUUUUAACUGAUAGAUCUCUAAUAUCUUCCUCACUACCCCGUUUUAAGAAAAGACAUGAGAGUUUAGAGUCUAAUGAUGAUCAUGCAUGGUAUGAGUUGCCCGGUGAUCUUGAUGAAGAAGUAAGAGAAAGAGAAAUUAGGGAUACAAACCACGUUAAAAUGGCAGAAAAUUUACAAGAUGCGAUUUUUGUCACUACCGUCUUAAAGAAAGGUAUCCACAUAAAAAUUUACAACGACUCCACACUGACCGCUGAAAAUUCCGUGGGGCUACCCAAUGUUCCCUAUGAUUGUGCCGAUUAUGUUAACGAUUCUAAAUUAAAUCUCACCAAGUUGAAGAGAAUUUUAGAUCAAAGUUUUGGUCGUGAGUUGGAUUUAAAACAUUACAUGAACCGGGUCAACGGUCGUAUAGCAUCUGUCAUUGUCAUUGGUGAUUACGAAGGUAUCGCAAUCUUGACCUAUGAGGGCCCCAAAGAAAACCAGUUUGUGUACCUAGAUAAAUUCGCUGUAAUGCCGCACUUGAAAGGUUCAUUGGGUAUUUCAGACAUUAUCUUCAACUUGAUGUUCAAAUUAUUUCCUAAGGAACUUCUAUGGAGAAGUAGAAGGGAUAAUGUCGUGAACAAAUGGUACUUCCAAAGAAGUGUUGCGGUGAUGGAUCUUUCCAUGGAUCUCUCUGAUCAUGACAAACAACCAAGUCAAUUCAAGCUCUUCUACUACGGAGAUCCGGAGGCUGCUUUCAAAUCCUUCAACAACAAGGACAGGUUGAAAGAGUAUGCAAGGUACGUAAGAGAUAUAAAACCCAGUUGGGCCAAAUGA